GUUCGGUCACUCCACGACGCGUCCCUCCCUCCCUCCCACCGCGGACUCCGCCACCAACCGCCUCCUCCUCUUUCCGCUGCAGCUGCUGCCGUCACACUAGCUACCGAAACCGUCGCCGUCGCCGUCCUCCUCCUCCGCUCCGCCGCCCGCCUCGACUCCGCCGCCGCAAUGCCGGAGGAGAAGGAGUACGUCGCCGUGCCCAUGGGCCAGGCGCCGGAGCCCGCGGACCCCGAGGACCCCGUCAAGUCGCCGCCGCGCCCCACCUCGCCGGCCACCUCCACCCGCCAGGCAUGCUUUGCGGUCCUUCAAAGCUGGGUGUCAAGAAAAUUUAUGACUGGAUGGUAUGCUUUGCAAGAACUGAUUCAUAGAAGUUGCAAUACCUGUAAAUUAUCCAUGCCUAAUAUUCUCUUUUUUGUUUGCAGUGUAGUUAUUUUCCCAAUGGCUGUGACAUUCUUCAUCACUUGGUGGUUUAUUCGAUUUUUCGAUGGAUUUUUCAGUCCACUCUAUGCAAAGCUUGGAGUUGAUGUAUUUGGCCUUGGGUUUGUGACAUCUCUGGUAUUCAUAUUUAUUGUUGGAAUAUUUGUGUCAUCAUGGGUGGGCUCAACUGUCUUCUGGGUUGGAGAAUGGUUUAUAAAGAAAAUGCCAUUUGUAAGGCACAUAUAUUCUGCAUCAAAGCAAGUUAGUACUGCUGUUUCACCAGAUCAAAAUACAGCAGCAUUUAAAGAAGUGGCAAUAAUUAGCCAUCCCCGUGCUGGUGAAUACGCAUUUGGAUUCAUAACAUCGAGCAUGAUUCUUCAGACUGACAAAGGUGAUGAAGAACUGUGUAGUGUCUAUGUGCCAACCAAUCAUCUAUAUAUUGGUGAUAUCUUUUUGGUGAACUCUGCGGAAAUUAUAAGGCCCAAUCUGUCCAUUCGAGAAGGGAUAGAAAUAAUUGUUUCUGGAGGAAUGACCAUGCCGCAGGUGAUUACAGCGCUAGGACCUGCCCCUGAUAAGAACGAGGGCACCCGUUUAAGCAGAAUGAUGACUGUCUGAAGCUUCAGAUAUCGCCAGCAUAUCUCAGGUAUUGACAUUUAACCUUUGUAGAUGUUUACAGCUACUAAAGGAAUGCCAAAGUCAUGGUUGAUGCUACAUCUGAUGUACAAUUUGUAGAUUAGAAGCUGGAACACAAGGACUGUGCGAUAGAGUAAACACCGGUUGUAUAUUAGGCGGGUUAGAAAUUAAAGUGGGGUGCUGAUGAUAGUCGCGCAGCACACCGCACUUAGGUGGCUUACUGAGAUUACUGAUAAUGGUUUGUGGUUCUUAUGUGCUCACAGAAUGAGUGCUUAGUUACUCAUGUUAGGUCAUUACAAUGUAACUUCAACUGAGACAGGUUAAUUUUUUUUAACUUUUGAUUGAUGCUA